AUGCCCAUCACGCCAGAGAAUGCGGUGCUAUUUCUUCCCAUCCUUUAUCGAUGGCUGCAGAAUCAUUUGAAGGAGGAGGUGGAAGAGCCAGAACAGAGACUUUGCCGUUCCGCCAUCAAGAAGCUGAGGGAGUACAUCCUCUUGAACUUCUCGGUGGAGGAAGGCAUACUUCAACAUGGUACGAACCCUGUGGACAUGGAGAUCUGUGCUGUGUACCUUACCAAGGAUCCAGGAAACGCGGAAUCCCUUGGCCUAAGUUUUGGGAAUAUUCCUGCUCUGGGGGACUAUGGAGAAAAGCGGAGAGCGGGGAAAAAAAGGAAGGGGCUUAAAGGCCCGGUACUUGACGUUGGAAGCAUCUGGGUCACCGACUUAAAGAAAAACAGCCCAGCGGGGAAAUGUGGAAAGGUGCGCUUGAGAGAUGAGAUCCUUUCACUGAAUGGGCAGUUGAUGGUCGGAGUGGAUAUCAGUGGUGCGAGCUACCUUGCUGACCAGUGCUGGAAUGGCGGCUUCAUCUACCUGAUCAUGUUGCGUCGCAUCAAGCGCAAGGCCCCCCUUCCUCCGUCGAACGGCAACAACAGCAACAGCAGCGAAAUCAAAGCCAGGCCCACCUCCGAGCCCAGUGGGAAAGCCUCCCAAAAUGGCAAAAGGACCAGAAAGUUUGGGGUCAUCACCAGAACAUCCUCCGGUGGCAAGGAGGCAAAGGGCAGCAAAGGCAGCCCCAGGACUGACCGCGAGAACGGACACUGCGCCCUCAUGGAAGUGGGCGGGAUACCGCCGGAGACAUCCAAAACGGAAAGCAAGGUGGAGAACCCGCUUCCGAGAGUAGACUCUCCUUUUCCAGCAGGACAGUACAGAGCUCGGCUUUCGGAUGGAGGGAUUCUGGACCUAAACGCAAGCGAGCUGUCCCUGCAGCGAGAAGGCUGCCGGAUAUGGAAGAUGACCAUGAUGAAGGGGGCAGACGGGCUGGGAAUCCAGAUCACCGGUGGUCGAGGGUCAAGGCGCUCUCCGCAUGCCAUCAUAAUUGCACGGGUGGAAGAAGGAGGCUCUGCGCACAGGGAUGGUAGACUGAAAGUGGGCGAUGAGCUCCUAAUGAUCAACGGUCAGUCUUUGGUUGGCCUCUCCCAUGAAGAGGCUGUUGUUCUUCUUCGGUCCGCCGAAGGCCUCGUAUACCUGGUAGUUGCAAGCAGGGAUGGGGCAGAAGAGGAUUUUCUCAAUUACCCAUCGACAAGUUUGCCAGACUUAAUUAGCACCUGCUCUGUUCAAGAUUCGACUCCCUGGACUGAGAAUAAAGAGAAUGAAGAGCCGGAGGAGGAGGAGGAGGUCAAAGGAAAGACUCUCGUUCCAGAAGUCCAGGAACCUGACUGGGAUAUGCCAGAUACGGAUAAAUCUCCAGAUCCGGCUUGCGCUGAGGGCUCCAAAGAAAACUGCCAAAGUCCAACUCUGGGAGGUGGUAUUUUGAAGUACAGGAGUCGAUCGCAAGGGGCAGCAACUCGUUUAGAAUCCGUGGGAGAAGAUGACGAGUUGACAGUGGAAAAUGGAGAUGUGAGUUAUGAAAUAGCCAUGAAAUAUUCCCGGGGAGGGAGAAAACAUUCUCUGCCACAGCAUCUGGACACAGGCACCAGGCAGGAGUACCAAAUUGUUAAAAAAUCAACCCGGUCACUGAGUGCAGCUCAGGUAGAAUAUCCCUGGCGCCUGACUCAGCCAUCGAUUAUUUCCAACAUCGUCCUGAUGAAAGGUCAAGGCAAGGGUCUUGGAUUCAGCAUUGUGGGAGGGCAGGACUCUGCUCGGGGACGCAUGGGCAUUUUUGUGAAGACGAUUUUCCCGACUGGAGCCGCCGCCGCCGAUGGAAGACUUAAAGAAGGGGACGAACUCCUGGAAGUGAAUGGGGAAUCUUUACAGGGGCUGACCCAUCAGGAGGCCAUUCAGACAUUCAAGCAACUCAAGAAAGGCGUGGUGACCCUCACGGUACGGACCAGACUUCGUAGCCCCAGCCUCACCCCAUGUCCAACUCCUACGUUGCUGAGCCGGUCCAGUUCCCCAAGUUCCAGCGGAGGAGCCCCUUUACCCAGCUCCGAAGAUGUUGAUGUUUCCUCCUCAAGUCGUAAGGGGCCGGGUCCAAAGGACAGGAUUGUCAUGGAUGUGACCCUCAAUAAAGAACCAGGUGUCGGGCUGGGUAUCGGUGCUUGCUGCCUGACGCUGGAGAACAGCUUACCGGGUAUCUACAUUCACAGUUUGGCCCCGGGAUCUGUGGCUAAGAUGGACGGAAGGUUAAGCCGCGGUGAUCAGAUCCUGGAAGCCGAUUCGGUCAGCUUGCGACAUGCAGCUCUGAGCGAAGCCUACGCCAUUUUGAGCGAAUGUGGUCCGGGCCCAGUCAGCCUUAUCAUCAGCCGCCAUCCCAAUCCGAAGGUUUCUGAACAGGAGAUGGAUGAAGCCAUUGCGCGCACCACUCAGCGAGAAAGCAAGGAUGUCCCGUCCUCUCAAGUCACAGGGAAUCUGCCCAAAAGCCCAUCCCCAAGUGUGAAGUCCAAACAGAGCGAAGCCUCUUCCCCUCUGAGCUGGACAAUGAAACGCUUCUUGGAGCCAGGGUCCGUCAAUUCUGAAUCGGAGCUUUCCCAGUACUUCUUGCAGGAUGGGGCUGGCCAUUUGUCGCUUUCGGAGACGACGAUAACGGGCUCCAGCGACGAGGAGCAGCUGCGUCCCAAGAGCGGGAGCAGCUCCCUGGACGAGAGUUUCCCUUCUCCUGGCACUCCAACUACCAAAGAAUCAGGCCUCUGCGAUUCGCCCGCUCGUGGAAACUCACCAGCUCUUACGAACAAGCACAGGGAAGCCGUUCGGCAUGUGAGUUUCAGCGAUAGCCCCAAAGGCGGCCGUACUGCGUUCCAGAGGCAGAGGAGGAUUGCUUUCUACGAUGGCGAUGCCAGCGACGAAGAUGACUUUGCCAAGCAAGAUGGUGCUCUGUUCCAGAGAGGACCUAAGCCUAAAGGCCAGAAGAAGGCAGAGGGCAACUGUGAGGUCAUCACGGCCACUGGUCCGACAGAAGGUGUCGAUGCAAACCGGGAGAAAGGAUUUUCAGCGGAUAGCCACCAUGCGUCAACUGCGGGCAUCUUCAGGGAUUCAGUGGAGAGUGCCAAGGAGUCCCCGGUCAAAUCACUGGAUCCCUCGCAUCAUGCGCCAGAGCAUCACCUGAGCUUGAAGGACUACCGAGAGGCACAGCUGGAAUCUAAGAGGUCCCCUAAACUGGAGCACAAAGCAGUCACUAGAGUUAAAAGCCUCAUGAGCAUCGAGUACCAUGGGGUCCCGAGGCCGAAGAACGAAGAACAUGGCCCUUGCCAUAAGCCCGUUGGGAGGGCGCUCCCGAAUAUCUGGAGGAGCGAGGCACAGGAGAGUCCCCUCGGGCUGAGCCGUAUGGAGGUGGUUACCCUGACUCGGAAUGAAAAGGAGUCCUUUGGCCUGGAUCUGGAGAUCCAUGCCACUCCCUUGCGGGUCGUGAUAACUGGGUUGCGCCCUGGUGGAGCAGCUGAAAGGGCAUCUAUGGGAAAGAUGACUGCUGGAGAUGAGAUCCUUUCCAUCAAUGGCAUCCCAAUUCACGAAUUCACCUAUGAUGAUGUCUGUCAAUACGUACGGUGUCUCCCCACAUCUAUCAUGCUACAUGUGCAGAGGCCUGUUUCUGCUCUGAGCAGGCUCACAAAUCUCAUUGCGUCUUCAGAAGCAGAGGAGAUGGUUCAACAGGAUCCGACCGACAUUCUCAUGAUUGACGAAGAAACCAGCUUUGCCCGUCAUAAAGAACUUUCGCAUGGGGACAAUCUGGAUUAUGCAUCAGGAAGGGCAGCGCCACCAUCUGAUGCCAAGACCAAGGAGCAACCAACAGAUGCCUUCGCAACCGGCUGUGCCACGGAUAGCACUGUGGUUCCAGUUGCUGAUACAGAUGACUUCCUUGGCAAAUGCAAUUUGUUGGAAGAAGACGAUCCCAAGUGUUCAUUAAUUAGGGCCAGAUGCACCAAGGAAGACGCUUCUGGGCUGGCAGAAGAUCAUGGUGCUAAUUCUCGAUCAGAUCUUGUUAAGAAUGACGUGGUUGGAAGGCCACUGAAUUGCACAACGAAUGCAAAAGAAAUCUUGGGGUUUUCUGCCCUAGAUUCCAUUAGCCCCAGCAAGGUUUUCACUGUGAAUCAAACCCGCUUGAGUAACUAUUCCAGGAAUUUUAGCAAUUUAAAUGAAGAUGCUUUGGCUGGAAUGGAAAUCGAGGACAGCGAGGUUUCAGAAUCUAUGUACGCGGCUGCAGACGAUUCCAGCUCAGAUACAGAAUCUGUUGUGGAAGCUCCUGGUCUUUUGGGUGGUUCUUCUCGUGACGAUCCCUUGGAGACACAUAAUACUACUGAGUCAGAUGAGGAGCAGAUUGAAAUUUGCUGUUUGAAUAACGAGCAACAACAUUUUACUCAGCGGCUCCCAUCUACUACAAAAGUAUUUCAUCACCCAACUGAAUGCAGUCCUUCGGACCAGGUUUUACCAGCAGAAAGCAUGGCAGAAAUCAGUGCCCCGGAAAUAUCCAAUGGGAAACCCCCCUUGGAAGAGCCACAGUCUCCAAGCUCCAAUGCACAACAUGCCGCUCCAUCCACUGCCUUUCAUUCUCCUUCUCAGGUUUCUCCGCCAGGUAUAGAUAGGUCAAACCAUGCGCUGGAUAACCAUGCAAUUGACUCUUCCCGUGACAAUGUUGCCUUAAGGAAACAAGGGGGGAUAAGCCAAGAGAGGCUUACGGAAACACGCGAGACUCCUAAACAUAAUGCUCAAGAGGCACAUUUGUGCAUGGCAAAAAAUGUCAAUGGUUGGGACAGUAGGUUUGUCAACCAUAAUACAACGCCAAAGUCAAAUACAGAAAAUGAUUUUGGAACAGAUUAUGGCAAACACUCAGCCGGUUCUCAUUCUACUUUGACAAAAAGGGGAACUGGUGAUUCAACCCAGUUGAGUAAACCAGAGACCAGUCUUAUAGAUUGUGCAUCACAAAGAAUGGGGCAUGUCCCCAAAUCACCCCUCCUGACAAAAUCAAAAGAUCUGAGUAAAGCCACUGUUCCUCAUGACUUACCAGGGAAAAACGAAAAAGCCAGCGCAGUUCCCGCAUCAAAAUGUUCAAAUGCAAAGAUUCAAAGUUCUUCCAAUCAGUGCAAAGGCCUUUCAGUCCCAUGCAGUCCAUCCUCUUCCAAAAAACUGCCUCAGGAAACUCGAGGGAUUCCCCAGAAGAGUAUUGUGGAAACUCUCUCGAAUAACCUGCGAAACAAACCAGGGCCAAAGUUAAAGGGCCUUACGAUUAAAAGUAAAGCCAAGGCAAAUCCAGAUGCCGCCGGUGCUCUUCCCGCCAAAGGUGGUGGCACUGAUCAGAAAAAACCUUCCCUUCCUGCCCAGCUGUCACCCAGGCUCCUUACAAAGAAGGUCACGGCACUCCGUAAUUUAGCCGCACAUUUGGAACCGCAUGUCAGGAACCUGGCCUCAGGCUCCAGGGCCCUUCAGGAGGAGGGAGAGAUGGCAAAUAAGUCCUCUUCAGCAGUGCCUCAGGAAUCACUCUUGGCCGUGCCGAGUGGUGAGAACACCGCUGUGAAGAACAACAAAGAUAAAUCCAUUAACCAUUUGGAACUGAGCAACGCAGAGGAACAGAAACAGUUGCCAGUUCCAAUUCAGGUGGUCACAAAUAACGAAAAGGCAGAGGACGCUGAUACUGAUGACUACCAAACUAGAGAAGGUCCAGCCCUGAUGAACGCGCCUUCCAAAAUGACAACCAAGAGCAACUACACGAGUGACCAAACUGAAAACCAUGGAAUGGGUGAGAGUCCGCCAAAUCCCAAUGGAUGUGAAAUUAGCCCCCUAGGAACUUACAGUGCCGGGUCUUCUAAAACAGAGUCUUCCAGUCUUCUUCAGUCACAAACUCAGCAGGAGCAAUCAGGUCAAGAAAUUCAACGCAGUUUCAUCGAGGUGAGACUCUCUCCCUCUCCCUUCACAUCAACCUCAUUGAUUCUGCAGGAGUCCCCAGAGAAGGAAGACGGUACCAAUAAGAAGAUCGACCAACUAGAGCGUGGGGUGCACAAUUCCAUGCGGAACGCCUUUGAGGAAGAAACCAUACACAGUGCAUUAAAACCUGUGACAAGGACGUACUCAAUGCCCACUCAGCUAUCGAAUCAUUUUAGAGAGGAGAGUGGCAUCAUGAAUGUGCCAGCCCAUCACGUUCAGGCUAUCCUGGGCAACCCUUCAGGUGAAAAGUACUCUCAUUCGGAGAUAGGUGUGCUGAAAAUUGUCCAUCUCAAUCUGAUGAAUGGCCGGAGCACCCAAGGUGGCAAAGAGGCACUCAACAGUAUCCCAAAACCAAACACUCAGGAACUGCCGUUGACCAACGACAACAGCAAUCGCAUUACGGACAAAUUAAGGACGUGCAGGAGGAAUUAUUACUAUUACGAACUCAACUGGCCGCAUGACCCCGUUUCGUCUUUCUCCGUGAAACAGAGAAUCAAAUCUUUCGAGAACCUGGCCAGUUUGGACAGGCCUAUAGUGAAAGCCAUUGACAUACAUUCCACUGCUCUCAAUUCUAAGCUCCCCAUUGGUCGGAGGCUGUCCGGCGGCGUUUCUGCGGUUUCGGCCACCAGUGUCAAUGACGCGGUUCAGGCACUGAGACGAAGCCUGAGCUCCUACUGUGAAAGUGAAGGCCCGGCCUCCUCACGGAUGACAAAAUCCUCAACCACCCCAAUGUUAACCCAUCUGCAGCAGAAUUCUACGGAGAACAACAUCCCAGAUGGCACUCCCUGGGAGGACAGUAAACGAGAUGGUGCUUUGGGAGGUCCAACCAGUUUGCAACCAUCUACUCCCAUCUCCCGAAGAAGCAGGGCCUCGGGAGGGCACAUCAGACACACACCCUUAUCCCGUUCCAAGAUCCGGGAGCUCAGGGCUUUGAGCAUGCCUGAUCUCGACAAGCUGUGCAGCGAGGACUUCUCCGUGGAAUCCGACUCUCCCCAUUUCCAGAGCGAGCUGGAAAUCGCGCCUGCAACGCGGCCUCUUGGCCUUCCUGUCGAAAGCGCUUCCAGCCUGAAUGAAUGCAUGGAGCUCUCCAGCCUCGGGAUGACAAACAGACAGCGUUCAAAAGAAAGCAGUCCCUGGACCAGUGGCUCUGGCACUCCUGGGUCAGCAUCGGAUGAGGAACUACUGCAGCAUGAAGCUUCCCUAAACAAAAUGCACUUGGGGAAGAGCUGGUCCAUCAGCUUGGAUGAACUCUUGGUCUCCACUCUGGACCAGCAGAAACUGCAAUCUGUUUUGUCUUCAGUGACAACCAAGUGUGAUUUUUCUUCUUUACUCCAGGAGGCCAGAGCCCAAGCAGAGCGCAAAGAAGAUGUUUAUUUUGUAGUCUUAAAUAAAGAGGAAGGAUCUGGCCUGGGCUUCAGCGUUGCUGGAGGAGUAGACCUGGAACAGAAAUCAAUCAUCGUCCACCGAGUGUUUUCAAAGGGGGCUGCCUCCCAGGAAGGAACCAUUCAUCGCGGGGACCUCAUCCUUUCGAUCAACGGCGUUUGUCUGGCGGGUUCUGUGCACGGGGAUGUGCUCAACGCCCUCCACCAGGCAAGGCUCCACAAAUACGCCGUCAUCGUCAUCAAGAAGGAGAAAGGCGGAGAAAAGACGUCUUCUUCCCGCCCUGAACUUGCUACUCCUGGCAGGCAGGCCUUGGUGGCAAGGAAGGACGCAACGGUGGAAAGGGGAACAGGUCCAGCUGGAGAGCCGAGUGAUACCCUUUGCAUCGAACUUCUGAAGACUUCUGCUGGCUUGGGGUUCAGUCUGGAGGGAGGAAGAGCGUCUCUUUCUGGAGACCGGCCUUUGCUCGUUAAGAGAAGAUUUAAAGGUGGUGCUGCAGAACAAGCUGGGAAACUGGACGUCGGCGAUGAAAUUCUUGCCAUCGGUGGGAAAUCCCUCCUCGGACUCAUGCAUUACGAUGCCUGGAACAUCAUUAAAUCUGUCCCAGAGGGACCGGUACAAUUGCUUAUCAGAAAGCAUCAGUCUCUAGUAUGACAUGCGCACUAUUGAGAAGUUGAAUGCACCUUUCGAGUGGGUCCUUCCAAGCUUUACGUGUCAGGUAGCUGAUACCUACCUUUCAGAAGCUUCAUAGAGUCAGUGUGUUAGAACGUUCCAAUCGGAAAAGAAAGCACCAAGAUGCAACAAAUCCCUGUCGCUGCUGGUUCCCACCAGGACGGGAGACAUCAAAAGUGCCACAUAUUUUCCCCGCUGGCUAUAUGGACAUCUAAAUCUCCUUUCUCCAGUCCUGGACACCUCCUGAUUCAUCAUCUGCGUGGACAUCAACCGAAGCAAAGUUAUUGGCUGGCUUAAUUCAAGCCAAGCCUCGGCCUUGGAAUAUAUUGUCAGUAUAUAAAGGUCUUG